AUGGCGCCGCUGCAGCCGCUUCCGAGGCUCCUGGUAGUUGCAGCGCUAAGCUUCACUGCAGCUUAUGGCCUGUACGCCGACCAAGCGGGCGAGUUUGACUGGAGCACGAAACUCGUGGGGCGCGUGCACGCUGUCGCAUUCAGCAGCGGCACUGCUGUGGCCCGCGAUCCGCACUUAACGGACGCACCUAAGCGCGACGUGUACGUGGCGUCAGACGAGGCGACGCGGGCCCUGGCGCGUUUGGACUUGGAAACCGGCGAGAUCCAAUGGCGGCGCGUGUUUCCCGAAGGAGACGCAAUUGACGACAUUCAGUGGACGACCUUUGGCAUUGUAUCAGUGUCACGAUCUGGGCGCAAUGUGAGACUCUGGGACUCGGACUCGGGCGUGCUGUUGUGGGACGAAGUGACGACAAGUGCCGGUCGUGAUCAGGACAAGACUGUGUUUGGUGGUCUCUUUGCACUAGACAGCGACCACUCGGUGGUAGUGACGUCCUCGAGUGUGGCUACAGUGUAUCUCAAGGACGGAACAGUGAAUGUGCAGACGCUUCCUGAAGACAUUGCUGCGGCAGCUACUGAGGACGCGACGCUGUUGUGGCACUUGAGCUCGGACAAUGCAGUGCUGUUUGUGAUGGCAGGCCGUCACGUAGUGCAGUUUGACGUCACGUCGGGUCACGUCUUGAACCCCUACACUCGUCUGGACAUUGACAAGCAGGACGAGAGCGGUGAGCCGAUUGUCAAGGCGCUGUGUCACGACAGUGAGCAGCGCAAGGUGGUUAUGGUAACGCUCACAAAGGACCACUUGCUGCUGCAGGGUCUAGAGAACAUGAAGGGUGCUUCGAAAACAGCUCUCAGCUCACUCAAGCUAGCCGGUGACAAGGUUGUGGCAGUGGAUUCGGGCACUUUGAAUGCACUGGUGCUGAUUCUGGCAUCUGGAAAGCGAGCGAUUCUCAAAGUCUCUGGCGCACUUGCGCUGGAAGUUGUUGCUGUGGUUGCUGAAGGCGCUGUCGUAGAAUCCGUGACGGAUACCUCGGUGCUUCUCCACGUUGCUGCAACAAGCUCUAGCAAAAUGCUGGAAGUCACGUCGUAUGCGUUGGGCCAGAGCUCGGUCUCUGUCUCUUGGAAAGCUGAACUAGACGUAGCAUCGUUUGGCGGCGAUGUUCGGCGCGCGUUCGUUGAAUGUUCCGACGUGAAGAAGGACGUCGGUCCGAGUUGCCAUGCUGUGGUAGUCUUGAAGGAUGACGCUCUUGUAAUGAUGUCGAACAAUGACGGGGCUGAUGCUGCUAGCAAUGGGAACGUCCAGUGGGUGCGCGAAGAAUCGCUGGCGAACAUUAAGCACGUGCGUUGGAUUACCCCAGCAGAGACAGAGAUUGAGAAGCAAGCACUGAAGCACAUUCCUUCUUUCGUGGAGGAACUGCAGCUGGAGAUCAAGCAUCUCCGGCAGUUUGUCGACAAAGUGAUUGCGUUCUCCUCGUCGCUACUAGGCGACGGCACUCGCCAGCGUGGUGUGGAUCGAUCUCGCGCUGCGCGUAAAGAGCCGCCUAAUGCUCACUUCUUUGGUUUCUCGAAGUACAUCAUCGUGCUUACUGAGAGCGGCAAGCUGUUUGCUAUCCGCGCUGAAGCUAGCACAGUAGCAUGGUCAGUGUUCGUGGGCCCGGAGUACCAGCUCUUCGUGACUCGCGACCACCCGGCCCUUGGUUCGGGUGCUGAGUUGUUGCUAGCUUCCAACUCGUCAAAGCUUGUGUGGUUUGAUGGCGAUGAUGGUCGCCAGUUGGAUGCGGCCGACGCUGGUACAGGUAAGGGUGCUUCGUGGGUGGUCCUGCUGCCUAAGCGAAAGCACCUCGCAACUGAUGAAGAGCCGGUGGCGCGUCGCGCGGUGGCUGUAAUCUCGGAGGAUUCAUUGAAGGUGUCGCUUUACCCACAGGAUACGGCAGGCAUUGUGCAUCCAGAGCUGGAGCACUUUUACUUCUACCGGUUUGACGAACGCCUGAACGUGCUUCGUGGGUAUGCAAUCGAAAGCAACCGUGAUGCCAGCGUCGUUGAGUACCGCGCUCGCGAAGUAUGGUCCAUCGUUCUGCCUCGUGAGCAGCGCGUGAUUGCAACGUCUCGCCACCAUGAUCACUUGGUCGUUGACUCAGCAGUGACCAUCACUGGCGACGACUCGUUGCUGAUAAAGUACCUGAAUCCAAACCUGUUUGGAAUAGCUACGAUCGCAACCGAGCUCUCAGGAGAUGGCAAUGAGGCUUCGUCUACGCUUUACGUGAGUUUGAUCGACUCUGUGGCAGGACGCAUUAUCCACCGUGCUCGCCAUAUCCAUGCAAAGGGACCUGUGCGCAUGGUGCAAAGCGAGAACUGGAUGGUGUACUCGUACUGGAACGUAGAGGAGAAGCGCUCGGAGAUGGUGUCACUAUCGCUUUUCGAUGGUGCCGUGGGCAUGCACUCACUCAACCCGUGGAAGCGCCCAUCGUGGACUUCUACGUGGUCAUCGUUCGAUCCCAGGGCACCCUUUAUCCUCCAAAAGAGCUUCAUUUACCCCACCAAGAUUACGUCCUUGCAGGUGACGGUGACGGCGCACGGCAUCACCCCUCCGUCUGUCUUGGUCGGCAUGGAGACGGGUCAGAUAUAUAAGCUGGUCCGCAACUUGAUCGACCCGCGUCAGCCCGAGAAGCCACCAACGCCGGAGGAGCAGGCGGAAGGACUGAUGAUGUACUCGCCGAUAGUGCCCGUGUACAACCGACCUCAGGCCAUGCUGACGUACAAUCAAACGGUGGAGAACUUGAACGCGAUCAGCACGGCCUCCACCGAGCUCGAGUCGACUACGCUGGUAUUCGCUCACGGUCUUGACAUGUUCUACGUGCGCAUGGCACCGGCAAAGUCGUUCGAUCUGCUUCCGUCCGACUUCAACCACGAGAUGCUGAUUUUGCUGUGCUUGGCUUUUCUCGUGGCAACGUAUCUCACGAAGGCUCUUGCGCGGCGCAAGGCGCUGCAGACGGCAUGGAAGUAA